AUGGCCAAAGCUUUAUAUGUCUUUGACAACAAUGCCGAGAUAUCCGAAGCCUUGAAUGUCUGGACAGCAGCACUAGCUAAAGCUGCUAUAGCAAAGUCUGGUCGAUUUACAGUGGCUUUAUCUGGCGGAUCACUCCCAAGUGUACUAGCUGCCAAACUGGUAUCAAAUCCAACAGUAGAAUGGUCUAAAUGGCACAUAUUCUUUGCUGAUGAACGAUGUGUCCCGCACGAUGAUCCAGAAUCAAACUACGACUUGGCUCGCAAGCAUUUCACAAGCCACGUACCAAUUCCAUCAUCCAAUAUACACCCCAUAAAUCCAGAUCUAGUAAAUAAUCCAGAAGCUGCCGCAAACGACUAUGCUGAUCAACUCGAAUCGGUAUUUGGAAGCUCCGUCAAGUUUGACUUGAUCUUCUUGGGAAUGGGGCCAGAUGGACAUACUUGCUCGCUCUUUCCGGGUCACAAACUAUUAGAUGAACAAACAAAGACUGUAUCUUGGUUGACUGAUAGUCCCAAACCACCGCCAUCUCGUAUCACUUUGACGUAUCCAGUAGUGAAUGCUGCAACAACGGUCGCUUUUGUCGCAACUGGAGAAUCAAAGGCUGAUGCUUUGCAUCGUAUCAUUGACUUGGGUGAAGCACUACCAUCAGGCAGAGUCAAACCUGCCAGCGGUGAAUUGUAUUGGUUCUUGGACGGGCCAGCUGUAAAGGGAUUGACUGCAAAGACCCAAAAGUUGAAGCUAUAA